AAUGCCUGGAAUAACUUCGUAGAAAAAUAAUGUUUUUGACUCUUAUAAGCAAUCCACUGCCAUAUUGUAACCGGGUAAUUCACAUUUUAUGUCACAGCUGGCGUCAGGCUUUAGAAAAGGGGUAGCACUCUUCUUCUAGGAGGUUAAUGAACAUGCCUGGCAUGCUGUUGUAUUCUACACGCCUCGUGUUCAGGAGAAAGCAGUAAACUAUGGAGUAUAUGCAUUCAUAUAAACCAAUUUAAGCAAUCGUUUGAUAGUUACAUAAGCAGUUGCAAUGUCCCAAUAACUGCACAUUGUGAUACACUGUAGAAGAGAAUGUUUAAUGAAAGAGACGUUGAAAAAUGUGCUGCAGCCUUACGGUGCAAGCAAAGCAGCCUAAAUGGUACCUUGACGGUGCAAAAAUAUAGCCUUGCAGGUAAACUGCAUGCAGGCCUCUGCCAUCAGGGUAAAUUUGUAGGUGGUGUAAACCAUGAAAGUGUUUGUUACACCACAGUGAUUACUUUCUGCUGGUCAAGGAACAGUUAAAUUUUUUUGUUUGGUUCUGCAUGAUAUAAAACAUUGAAAUCUCAGUCAGCAUUUCAGAAAUUUUAUUUUUCAAAUACUGCAUGGCGAGAAGAGAAAUUCAUGACACUCUAAAUGAAUACAUUAAGAGUUGCUUCAUGGUGCUGACUGCACCAAGAUGAUAUGAAGCACAACGAGGAAAGCCAAUUCUAGUGUGGUAUUCGAAGGAACACUUGAUAAUUGCUGCAUACUUCAGGUACUAUGCUUAUUUUGGUAACAUUAUGCGAAUGUGAACAUCUCAAUUCCUUUCAGGUCUUCAAUGCCUGAUAUGAGGAAUAUAUAGACCCGCCAGCUGGCCAUGUCUUCUCUGAUAAAGACAAAAUUAGGCUUGUGUGCAAUGAAAACUUGCAAAUGGACUGCAGCACAAGUGACAAAGUGACGGUGGUACCUGGAGGUAGCCUGCCUGAGAAUGGUGAAAGCAAUGGGCAACAACCCAGUCAGCAGCUUACCUGCACUGAUGGCGAAUAUAAGCUGCCGCCUAUGCCUUUGGACAUUAAAGAGGCAAUUGAAAGAACUGAACCUGGGAAAGUGUCCAGCAAAACAAAAUCUCGCAUUGUUGGAUGGAUUGCGAAUCAUUUGAUGACUAUAAGAGUCUACCCAGGAAGCCUUUACGAAGCAGCUUCAAGAGCACUGGUGCUGGAAUAUCCAGCACUCAGAGACACAAUUGGCACAGGCUGGGACUCGUGGAAAGUCUCCCUCAGAUAUAAAUUGGGAUAUAUGAGAAAGUCUCUGUGUACAGUUCCGGCUGUUCAAGCAGCAAGGGUUGCUUAUGGCAAACGCAAGGACACACAAGAAAGCCUAAACAUUAAGCGGCACUGUCAUGUGACUGCUGACCUGUCGCAGCACGUCGCGGCUCAACACGAUGCAGCUACAGUGAAUAGCCACGUAGAGUUUAUGAUGAACGAAGUAAAGCGGCCUAACUCAGAUAUGAUAAAGCUCCGUGACUCAAUGCUGCAAACUCGACCAGCUAGGCAGCAAUGGAUAAAGGAAAUGCGGCCGCCAACAGGAGAUGUGCUAAACAAAUACCCAGCUUUGGCAAAUGCCGAAAUGCUGAGCAUAAACAACUGUUGUAUUUUUCUUCACGAGGAGUUCACCGCCCUCACUGGGGUGAAGUUGGAAGAAAAGAUUCUGCAGUUUAUUAACCAGUAUGGGAACCGCCUUUUUGAGCUUGCAAAAUGUCGGCGGUCUUCAAAAGAAGCUAUCGCAGGAAUUGAAGCGGAACUUGACAAGUUGGAAGGUGAUGAGAAGAAAUACCGCUUUGCAGUUGGCGUAUUUGAGCUGCUGCCAUUUCUCCUCAAGGAGACACCUAGAUUUCUGCAGGGACCGGACACCUACCCUGCCCUUUCAUUCAAGGGCGCGUGUGCUGCUACGGCGACCGACAUCAUUGCUAGUUUCGAAGGGUUUCAAGAAGAAGCGGUAGAUAUAAUAGCAGGCAUGACUGCACUUAUAGAACUUUAUUGGGUUUUUGAUGUUAAGUACAGCAACGUCAGCAAAAAAACGUUCACUGUUCUUGAACAUUUUUGUGGCCUACCACCUACAAGCACAAAAAAGAUGCCACUAGUGAUACGCCUGAUUUCAUCACUUGAACAGACUGCAUAAUUGCUGACGUGCCAGCAAAAAAGGACAGCAUAGGAAACUUUAUUUCCG